AUGGAAUAUUUUGUCUAUUCUUUUGUGAUGAGUCUCCUGUCCUUGAACUUCUUAGAAAUCUCGUAUGCCAUAUCUUCCCAUCCUUCAGUGAAAGAUUAUCGGUAUUUUGCAGCGGGAAAUUUUGAUGAUUUACCAACGGAUUCUUGUAGGAAUAGAGAGGGAGAAGUUGACAGGAAACGUAACGGGGUCGCCAAGCAAAACAGCAAGAAGAAAGAAGUUUUAUCAGCUCUUGAAAAACUUUUUCCCUCCAAAGAAAAGGAAUCAGUCGAAAUACCUUAUAAACUACAUCUACUAACCAACGCCUCUGACAAGGGAGCAGUUUGUCUCGACGGUUCCCCUCCUGGAAUUUACUUACGGAAUGGAAGGGGAUCAGAUAGAUCGAAGUGGAUAGUGUUUUUGCAGGGGGGUGCAUGGUGCCAUGAUGCUGAAACGUGCUAUGAGCGAAGUAGCACAGCGCUUGGUUCUUCUAAAUGUUACACCCGUCAUUUUACAGAUGUACAAGGAUUGCUCUCGAGCCAAACGAGAAACAAUCCAGAUUUUUACAAGUGGACUGUGGUCUUUGUUGCUUACUGUGACGGAUCAUCGUUCACUGGAAAUCGUGACAAACCGUUCAAAUUCAAAGACAAGUUACUUUAUUUCCGAGGUCGACGUAUACUCGAUGCAGUGCUAGAAGAGUUGCGCCGACGAAAUAUCGACAAAGCUACCGAGAUCAUAUUGAGUGGCUCGUCAGCUGGUGCAAUGUCUGCGAUCGUACACGCUGAUUAUAUCCGAAGGUGGCUUCGACGCGAGACGAAGGCCUCCUUCCGUGUUCUCGCCGAUGCAGGUCUUUUCAUUGACGUGCCGUCACUGAAUGGAAGUGAAACAAUUCGAUCUGUUUUUCGCCAGGCAUACAAAUUACAUAAUUCUUCCUCGGGAUUAAAUGAAGACUGUAUACACGCCCAGAAGCGUAAAAAAAGGUGGCAUUGUUUUUUUGCGCAGUACUCUCUGCCCUUCGUUAAAUCUCGUUUAUUUGUAGUCAAUUCUCUGUACGAUUCCUGGCAAUUAGCCUACGCAUCUAAUGUUCCUUGUAUUUUCGAUAUAGAAAGUUGUACUUCUGACGAAUAUUCUUACGUUAUGAACUUUGGUAAAAAAACGAAGCAGGCUUUACGAUCUAUCCUUGAUUCGAAGAGCAAAGGAGUUUUGGCGGACUCUUGCUUUGUUCAUUCUCAAUGUAGUCAAAACCAUCCUUGGAUGAACAUUCAAGUAAGCAACACUACAAUCGCCAAGGCGUUCCUUAGCUGGUACCGGGGGAAUCUGGAGAACAGAUGUCGUGUUGAUGGUUAUUAUCCUUGUAAUCCUACUUGUUGUGAUUAAAGUGCU